AUGGUUAAAACGAGUCGAGAAGAUGAUGAUGGUAGUGUACAGGACUUGAAAAAACGGAAAAUAGAGUCGGACCAUGAAUAUAUUGACCAGAUUAAUGUCAAAAAAUUGGAUUUCGAUCAAAAUAAAGUGUGUUCCGUAACACUGUCCCCCAUCAACGUAUAUUGCUGUCUGCAAUGUGGGAAGUUUUUUCAAGGUCGUGGUAUUCAAUCGCCCGCAUUUCAACAUUCUAUUGAUGAAAGCUCACACAAGUUACUCAUCAAUUUGAAUACAACGUCGAUUUAUAUAUUGCCUGAUAAUAAGGAAAUUUUGAAAGACAGUACUGAUCCACUGGUACGGAAGAUACGAUUUGCCAUUAAUCCCCAAUAUACAAGAGAAGAUAUCGUGCAAUUGUCACAGCGUGUUAGUAACCAUUACGUGUGUGGAUUCAUUGGUAUAAACAACAACAAUAGCGACUUUGUAAAUAGCAGGAUCGCAACUGGGAAAAGCAUUGAAAUUGACCAUAUAAACUCAGCGCUCUUAAUGUUCUCACAUAUAUUUCCAGUAAGAGACCAUUUACUGUUGUUAGAUCAUAAAGAUACCAAGAUUAAUGAACUGUCUAGGAAAAUUUCUUUGAUAGUAAAAAAAAUUUGGUCACCAAACUUGAUUUCAAAAUAUCACAUAUCUACUAUUGAAGUUAUCACGUAUCUUAUGAUUCAUGAGCCUCAUCUCUUCAAAAAUCAUAAUCCCAAAUUGAUGUUGACGUGGUUACUGAAUUAUUUAACUAAGAAAGAUAAAGAUAUCGGUUCUGUAUUAAAGAAAAAUCUUCAAGGGACCAUUGAAAUGCGCUCCAAACAUAUUAAUUUUUGGCAUUUGACGGUUAGCCUUCCACCUAUAACUGUUUUCAAAGAUGGUAAUAAUGUAAAUAAAUUCCCACAGGUUAAAUUAGAGACCUUAAUUAAUAAUAAAUUUCUUUCAAAUAACGCAGAAUAUAAACUGGAAAAAUUGCCGAAUUAUCUUAUAAUAAGUAUUGAUAGAUCAGAGAAUGAUAGUACACUAAAGUUUCCAAUAAAGGAUAGAAAUCAAACUAUGGUUGAGUUCUCUUUACAAUUGACCUUGUCAGGGGAUAAGUAUAGAUUGAUUUGCAAUUUAAUUAAUAAAGUUAAGAAAUCAUCCAGGAUUGAUAAAGAUGAUGAGAAUAGAUGGCUUACACAAUUAUAUAAUGAAAAAAUGGAUAAAUGGUACGAAAUUGAUGGUGUUAACGUCUUAAGUAAAGAUUCUGAAUUGUUAUUCCUUAAUGAGACUUAUAUUCAAAUUUGGGAGAAAAUUAUAUAA